UAAUCAUACUUCAUCACUACCAACAACUAUACACUAAAACUCUUUCUCAAAAUAAUAUACUUUUGAGAACAUGGCUCAAAAAAAGAGCUUGGGGUUUGUGACAACAAACUAACCUCUUUUCUUUCUUUCUUUCUUUCUUACACUUGCAACAACAUUUGCGUUUGUGGGGCUAAAAAUAAAACGACCAAAACAUCUUUAAUCUCUUCACUCAUCACACUCUCCCACGCUUUGCAGAACCAUCAACCAGCUCUCUCAUACUCUCAACCAAAGUGGUAUUGCUCUAGUGGACAGGGAAUCUUGAGAGAUUGAAAUUGCAGGUUUGUUUCUUUCUGGAAUCAGCAGCAAGUGGCAGAGCUAUCAGAAAAUUCAGAUGAAGCUCAACAAGAAGAAACACCAAUUUAGAGUUAGAAAGGAACCAAAUCCAAAGAGUACUAUCCACAACAAAAACCUAUAACAAACCCAAACCCCAAUUUCAAGAAGGGAAAAAUAAUCUGAAUUCUCAUCACCAAAAUUUUGAGCACAAAACACCCCAUAUAUGAUAUAUGAAAUAGGCUCAGAGACAGAACAGAAGAAGAACCUUGUUUGAAUCAAACCACAUAGCAUAUAAAAGUGGUGAGUUAUUAUGGGAAUGAAGAGCACUGGGGGAGAGAUUGUUCAAGUCCAAGGUGGGCACAUUGUUCGAUCCACCGGCCGGAAAGAUCGACACAGCAAGGUUUACACGGCGAAAGGGCCGCGUGACCGUCGAGUUAGGCUCUCGGCACACACUGCAAUCCAAUUCUAUGAUGUCCAAGACAGGCUUGGCUAUGACAGGCCAAGCAAGGCAGUGGACUGGCUUAUCAAGAAGGCCAAAGCAGCCAUCGACAAACUCGCCGAGCUCCCUCCUUGGGAGCCUACUCCUCCUCCUCCCACUACCAAUGAGGUGGAGGAGGAGCAGAAUGGAGGAUCAACUGACAUGGCAAUUGCAGAACAAUCAGAGUCUUCUGGUUACAAUUUUCAGCUUCAAAGGCAACUUGGUGAAGACCCUGAAAACCAACACCACCACUCAGCAUUCAUUCCUUCACCUAUUGACACUGAUGGUGGCAUAGCAUUUUUCCCAACAACGUCUGCUGCUUCCUCCAUCAAUUUCCAGAGCUACCCUCCUGAGAUAAUCUCAAGGACCAACAACUCCUCAGAGGAUCUUGGACUUUCCCUUCAUUCUUUCCAAGAUUCUGGCCUAAUUCAUCAUCAUGGACAGUCACAACAAGGAGGUGGUGCAGAUCAUCAAAACCCUUCUUCAAAUGACCAAACUCUCUUUGCUAACUACCAGAGAAUGGUGGCCUGGAACAGUGAUGCCGGAGGCACGCAAGCCGACAUGAACCGUUCCGGUUUCAUGGUGAAUUCACCUGGUUUUUCUUCUGCUUUUUCUCAUCAUCAACAAAGGGGUACCCUUCAGUCCAGUUUCUCACCAUCACUUCGCCCUUGGAGUGAGAUUCCUCAAAUGGCUUCUUCUAACGAGCAUCACCACAACCACAAGUCUCAGCCAAUCCAGCAGCAACACCAAGCUUCAAUAGGUGAAGAUGAGAGCCAUGGUGUUGGUUCUGACAGGCCUUCAUCUUCUGCUUCUCCUAAUUCACAUCACUGACACCAAAAGCAUUGAACUUCACAAUGGUGCAGUGUUCCCUAUCUAUCAGUAUCAGGAGCAGUGUCUAACUAGAUUUGCAAUCUUGGGGGAAGAUUAAGAUGAUGGGCACAUUUUGAUCAUCUACAAGACUUUCAAAUUUGUCUGGUUGGAUUCGACUUCCUUUUUUAUGGCUUUCUUUUCUUUCCCUUAUUGCAGGCCAAUUACACUGGUGUUUUCCCCCCUUCUAUAAUUAACAGGGGGUUCCUUCAAAAGUUGUUUGAUAAAUUUGUGUAAUUAUAUCUUCAUGAAACUUUGCUCAAUUAAUAUAGGGCUUUGAGGUGGAUUCCUUGGUCA